AUCAUAAAUCUCAAACGAUUCUGUUGGAAUACAACAAAACUUAAUUUCUCUUUUAAACGGAUUAAUAAUUAACAACACCAACAACAACAUGAAAAUCGCCAUCAUUUUUGCUGCUUUAUUUGCUGUUGCCUUGGCCGCUCCAGCUCAGGAUUACGCUCAUGCUGAGGUUUUACGUUUGGAAUCUGAUGUCAGACCAGAAGGUUACAACUUUGCUUUGGAGACUAGUGAUGGCAAGACCCAUCAAGAGGAAGGUCAAUUGAAGAAUGUUGGUUCAGAAGAUGAAGCUAUUGUCGUACGUGGUUCUUACUCCUUUGUAGCUGAUGAUGGUCAAACCUACACUGUCAACUAUGUAGCUGAUGAAAAUGGUUUCCAACCCGAGGGUGCCCAUUUGCCCAAUGUACCAACUGGUCAUUAAGUCAAAAAAAAAAAAAGAUCUGUUAAAACUAAAAACCUCAAAGUGUCUAAAUCGAAAGUAUUAUUCAAUUCCCUAAUAAAGGCAAAGAAAGUAAUUAUA